GGUUGUGAUAGGAUUGAAGACCAAAGCCCAGCAUACAGGCAGCGAACAGAGAUGAACCUGCUAGAAACUGGAGACCUCAGUCUGACCCUGAAAUACCCACAAACAAGGACAGAGGCACCUACACCUGCACCGUCUACAACAAGGAGGGAGACCUCCUGAUGAACAAACAAGUGGAGCUUAAAGUCAGAGUCCCCCAGGUGGAGGUGGAUUCAGGGGUGGAGUCUGUCCAGCUGAUCUGCAAAAUCAGAGUUCGUCUGAUAAAAAAACUCCCUAAAGUGGAGUGGACGGAGAACAAGAAGAAGGUCCAUGUGUAUAAGAACGGCUCUGACCAGCCUGAAGAACAGCACCAGGUUUACAGAGACUGGACAGAGAUGAAUGAAGACCUGCUGAAAACUGGAGACCUCAGUCUGACCCUUAAAUACCCCACAGACUGGGACACAAACACCUACACCGUCUACAGCUGGGGGGAAAACAUCUUAAUGAAGAAACAAGUGGAGCUUAAAGUCAGAGUCCCCCAGGUGAAGGUGGAUUCAGGGGUGGAGUCUGUCCUGCUGCCCUGUAAAACCAGAGUUCCCCUGUCUGAAGAGGCUAAAGUGGAGUGGAAGGAUGAGGACAACAACAUGGUUCAUGUGAAUAGGAACAGAUCUGACCACCCUGAAGAACAGCACCAGGUUUACAGAGAUGAAUAAAGACCUGCUGAAAACUGGAGACCUCAGUCUGACCCUGAAACACCCCACAGAUGGAGACAGAGGCACCUACACCUGCACCGUCUACAGCAAUUCCUGCAUCCUAAAGGAGAAACAAGAAGUGAAGCUUGAAGUCAGAGUCUGUCAGGUGGAGCUGAAGAUGGGGGAGUCUGUCCAGCUGCCCUUCAAAACCACAAACCUGCCUGAAGAUGCUAAAGUGGAGUGGUGGGACAGAUACAACAAGAAGGUUCAUGUGUAUCAUAAUGCAUCUGACCAGCCUGAAGAACAGGAUGAGGAUUAUAGAGGUCAAACAGAGAUGGAUGAAUGCCCGCUGGAAACUGGAGACCUCAGUCUGACUCUGAAAAACCCCACACAGGGAAACAUUGGGAGAUACACAUGUUACGUCUGGAGAGAGGGAGACAUGAUCAGAUCGAAAACAGUGAAGUUAGAAGUUCCUCGGGUGCCUUUGUCUGGAUAUUGAACCAUGGUUUUAUUAUAUUAAUUUCCUCUUUAUGAUAGAACGAACUUUAAUGUCCCCUUGUUUAAAUUUGGUGUGGACUCUAGGAUUGUCACAGAAACUAUUACAUGACUUGACUAUGACCUUUACAAAGUCAAUAGACAUUAAAAGAAAAGAGAAAUAGAUAACAGAUGAAUAAAUAUGUGUGUGUGUGUGUGUGUAUGUGUGUGUGUACACACACAUACACACACACACACACACCCACACACACACACUCACCUGGCAUCACCCAGGAGUACCUGAAGCUAGUGUGCAGCUAGCAGGCCGCACUCUGCUCCGCUGGGACGGGAUAAAGGACAAAGGAAAGAGUGUGUGUGGAACUCACUGAUGAUCUCUGUCUCUGCACUGUUUGUGUGAGGUCAAAUAAUGGCUCUUAGGAAACUCUUAUCUUUAAUGAUAAGAAAACAGAAAUCGUGGUAUUUGAUAGUAAUAUCCCUCGCGGCCAACUUCGUGAUGCCUUUGGUUCCUUUGCCAGUUCCAUCUCUGACACUGUUAGCAAUUUGGGCGUGUUGCUGGAUAGCUCUUUUAAAUUUGAUGAACGAGUGUCUGCUGUAGAUAGAUCUAGCUUCUACCAACUGCAUCUCAUUUCUAAGGCUAGGCAUGCCCUCUGACUGGAACUGGGAGGUUUGCCUCUAUUAUCCCUGUUCUUGCUGAUCUGCACUGCACCCAUUAAAUACCGUAUCCAAUUUAAAAUACUGCUGCUUACUUUUAAAAUUAUCAACAACACAGCGCCGAGCUACCUUAUCGAAUUCCUUAGAUUGUUCAUCCUUGUUAGAGCACUAAGAUCAUCUACUCAGGUCUUGGCUGAAAUCUAGAGGUGACCGUGCGUUUGCCUUGGCUGCACCUGAUUUAUAGACUUAUUCUGUUUUUCUUUUAUACAUUUCUUUUAUGGCUUUGUGCUUUUACCACGUUUUUAUUUGAUAUGCAUUUCAUUGCAACUUGGGUAACUGUUUGUACAGUCAUUUGUAUAAAGAGUAAACAGGACUGGUGAACUAACGCAGCAGUUUUUCUGGACCUUUGCUGCCCUAUUAUGUUGUUCUUUUCUGAAUCUUUGCUUUUUAUUUAGCCUUUUCUCUAUUUUUUUCAAUGAGUCUUAGCUGCACACUGCCUUUGAAACACAUGUUCAACAAGAAGCCACAGAAACCUUUAUCACAUUAAAGUCUCAUUGUUUCUGUACCGAUUUUCAUGUAUACUCAUGUGUUUGUCUCCCAGAGUGUCGAUUCCUCCUUCUGUCUCAUCUUCCUCUGUUCUCUGUUACCUGGUCUUUCAGAGUACUGUUAGGGUGAUAUUCUGCCAAGUGUGAAGUUGAUGAGCUUCACAGUUACAACAGGUUAACAUUUCUGAAUAACAGGAUGAAAGUACAAGCAUGAACAUUUUA